GACGUGUAAAAGCAAAGAAUUGGUCUUAUCGGCUUGAAUUUCAUUACGGCGUGGGUAGAUAAUAAUAUAUCGCUCAAGCUCAAGGUCAUUUUAAUCGCGGCAUUAGUAGCAGACGACGCAUUUAUAAGACAGUAAUUCCACAUGACUUCUCAGUACGAUCGUUGUCAACACCUUGAAUCAUAUUGCGCUUCGGAAAGAAAACGUGAAGUCGUCAAUUUACCUUAGUUUCGAACAUAAAAGCGAGUAAUAAAACAUAUUCUGAGCAGUCGGUAUUAUUCGAAUAUAGUUCUUUAUUAGAAGCGGAUUAUAUACAAGAUUACGAAGUAUUGAGACUUAAGCUUAAACUUCAUUAUCCAACAAGUGAAUAAUUCUUCAAAAUAUAAAAUUAUCGUUGGAUUAUUUCUUCUCGCAAGUUAGUUGCUUGAUUAAUCAGAGCAAUUAAACUCAAUUAGUGAUUCAAGAAAGACAAACUAAGUAAUUCACAGCGAAUAUUCAUUCCUAUUAAAGAAUGAGGGGAACGUUGGUAAUCAUAUUCGUUUUGAUGGUCUUAACUGUCCAUUCGCCGGUGAAGGGGAAGAUAUUCGGGCGAUGUGAAAUUAUAAAAGAGCUACAGAAAGCUAAAAUCAGUAGGUCCUUCUUCAGCAACUGGAUCUGUCUGAUGGAAAGCGAAAGUGGGAUGAACACUGCAUUGAUGACUGGUCCAAAAACAGCCUCCAGCUAUUCUUAUGGUAUUCUUCAGAUCAACAGUAACAAGUGGUGUGCCAGAGGACGUACAGGUGGCAAUUGUAAUAAGCGCUGUGAAGAUUUCCUGAACGAUGAUAUACAGGACGAUAUUGUGUGUGCCAAAAAAAUCGUCUAUCAGGACGGAUUCAAGGCUUGGGAUGGAUGGAUGAAAAAGUGCAAGAACAAACCACUACCGGACAUUUCAAACUGUAUACGUAGGAGACGAAUGGUCGAGAUUGAGACCGAUCCGAUUUUAAUGAUAGGUUUGUGGAUCGUGUUCAUUCUGAUGAUCGUAACUGUACAUUCGCCGGUGGAAGGAAAGAUAUACACACAAUGCGAGGCUGCAAGGCAGUUAGUGAUAGCCAGAAUCAGUAGGUCCUUCAUCAGCAACUGGGUCUGUCUAAUGAAAUACGAAAGUGGGAUGAACACGCAUCUAGUAACUGGUCCAAAGAGAGGUUCCAGCUAUUCUUAUGGUAUCCUUCAGAUCAACAGUGCCGAGUGGUGCACCAGAGGGCAUAGAGGUGGCAACUGCGAUAAGCGCUGCGAGGACUACCUGAGUGACGAUAUACAGGAAGACAUCGUGUGUGCUAAGAAGAUAUUCGAUCAGCAUGGGUUCAAGGCUUGGGAUGGAUGGGUCAAGAACUGCAAAAACAAACCAUUGCCGAACCUCGCACACUGCUUCCGGCGGAAAAGAAUGGCGAUCGAAGUUGAGACUGAGCUGAUUCUGUGAUGAUUGUGACGUUGUUUGACACAUUGACUGCAAUCGAUACAAGCCUUAAAUUGAUUUUGCUUUUAAUUUCACUACUUGUAAUCAUUCACGAAUUUAAUUUUACUAACUUACAUAAUUGAUUCCAUUAGAUCAUUUCAACAGAUUACGUAUCUGUUUCCAUUAAGGAUUCGUCUAAUUGCGCGCACCGUACCUGUUGAACGUAAUAAAAACAAAAUACGAUGUAUGUUUUAUAAAUAUGAAUCUAAACGGAUUGGAUCAACGCCACUUAUGAUGUAAUACUUUACAGCCAUCUUAAACCUACGUUGCACAGCUUGACAGACGAAAUGGUUUAGAAAUUCCGACUGUUAGAAUCGCAAAACUAUACGUGAUGAGAUUUCGCUGAUGUCUUCCCGAUUUCGUCCCUUUAUACUCAUGUUACGUGUACAGCAUUCAAGAAGAUUGUUUUUGCUCCCAAGUCCGAGUGUCAUAUUUACGACAUUCAGAAACAAGAUGGAUAAGUCUUAUGUAACUAAAUAUCUCUGUGUUGAAGUAAAGAAGUAAGCUUUUAA